AAACGUCAAAACUUGAUGAAGAUUUUCGUAAACUACAUAAUAUUGUGAAUAUUUGAAAGAUUUGUGCUGAUUUUCUGUUACGUUACCUACUUUUUAUUGUAAUCACUAUUAAUAUAUCGUGCAGUUCGUGAAAAGUAUAACUAGUGAAAUGCCAAAAGUAGUUUCCAGAAGCAUAGUCUGCUCAGACACGAAAGAUCAAGAGGAAUACAAUGAAACCAAGCCAUUGCACAUCUACUACUGCCUCUGCAGUCAAAUGUCCUUAAUCCUGGACUGUACCAUCGACCGAUUGCCACUCAGACCUACCGACGGCGCACGAGUCAUUGACGGUUCAAAACACGCUCACAAAAUCACUUCAGACCCUGACGAGACAGUGUAUCUAAAACGGGAGAAGGGUAUCGAACGCCAGUACAGGCUAAAAUGCAAGAAAUGUGGCAUUCCGAUAUACUACAAGCAUGAACAAGACAGCAAUGUGGUUUUUAUUAUGAAAGAUGCUUUAGUUCAAACUGCUGGUGAAGCCGGAGUCACAGAUAUCUAUAAGCAGGUUGCUCUUACUCAGCCUAAGAAGAUUAUGGUCACUAAACACACUAAGAACAUGGGCAAGUUCAGUUCCGUGACAGUUUCUACCAUAGAUGAAGAGGAAGAUGAGAUUGAAGCGAGAGAAGUGGCCGACAGUUAUGCAAACAAUGCAAGGAUUAUUGAAAAGCAGUUAGAGAGGAAAGGAAUGAAUAAGAGACAAGCGGAGACUCCAGCACAGACUACUGAGAAGAGAGUUAGAGGGACUUUGAUUGAAAAAUAAAUGAUAUACUCUUUUAUAAA